AGCAGGACUGGAGCAGUGGCAGCACACAUCAUCAACUAUCUGCAGAGACAAACCUGGGGAAGUUAAGAUGGAAAGCCAGCCAGAGGAGUUAAGAAUUGUGCUUGUUGGUGACAGUGGAUCUGGAAAGAGUGCAACAGGAAACACCAUAUUAGGGAAAAGGGCAUUCACGAUCCAGCGAUCCUGGGAAUCUGAGACCUUAACCUGCCAAGAGGAAAGAGGAGAGUUUGAAGGUACACCAGUGUCCGUGGUGGAUACUCCAGGGAGCACAAGGCCCAAUUCCACUGAGAUUUCUAAAUGCAUCUCUUAUAGUGCACCUGGUCCACAUGCAUUCCUACUUGUGAUGCCACUGGAAAUAUUUACUGAAGUAGAGCGUCAAGUGCAAAAUCUUCAACGGAUGUUUGGGGAAGAGGCAUCACGUUACACCAUCGUCCUCUUCACCCGUGCAGAUGAACUGCCAGAUGGAGUCGCUGCAGAGGAGUUCAUUCGUCAAAAUCCAUUUCCCUAUGGUGUUGGAUACCACAUGUUCAACAACAGAGACGAGGAUCCCUCUCAGGUCAGAGAGCUGCUGGAGAAGAUCAAGAGAAUGGUGCAGAGGAAUGGAGGAAGCUACUGCAUCAAGGCCAAAGGCUGGAAACAGAAGUAUCUCCGUCCGUUUGCUACAGCAGUUGGUAUUGGAGGUGGGAUUGGAGCUGCUAGUGGAGGUACAGAAGGAGGAGCUAUAGUGGCUUUUAUCGGAUCUGUUGUUGGGGCUGUUGCUGCUCUUACUGGAGGUACAAAAGAUCUUGCUGCAGCUGUAGUUGUAGCUGUAGUUGCAGCUUUAGCUGUACCUGUUGUUGGUUUUGGAGGUGUUGCUGCUCUUUCAGCUGGUCUUGAGCUGCAGCUAGACAUGGACCUGUAA